GUACAUUAAAUUCCCUAACGUAAGCUCUUCUCAACCAGUCCAACGCAAGUGACAACAAGUAACGCAUUUCUCAGUCGGCCACAGACCACAUGCCGUUCAUCAUUGUUCUCCAAUGAUAAGAACAUCUUAAAAUUAGUCAAAGAAAAUCCCCAGUGUUAAUUAGGAUUGCAAAGAGUCAUAAAUCAACAAUAAUAUUAACCACGUAAUUAACAUACGAAUUCGUUGGAAUACAUGGUGCUUGUAUUGUGAUAUUAAUUUCAAUUAUAUUAAGUCGUAUAUAUUAGCUGAGAAGAAAAGUUAAAACAAUAUGAAGUACGAGUUGCAUUUAGCUCGAUUCAAAAUGCGAGCAUACGCAAUCUUUUUGGUAGUGUGUUGCUUCCUAUGUUUCCUAAGUGUGUGUGCAAGUGACGAGCCAAAAGUUAAUACUUCAAUAGACAAGAACAAAGCAGCUCAGAUGGCAGCGGGCGAGGAACGGCUCGGGGAUCAAAUUCGUGCCAUCCUCAAGCAUUAUCAGCAAGACGAUCCGGUUGGGUUGCCCGGUGUACCGAUACCAGAUCCGAUGCCAGUGCCGGAUAUGAAGCAUUCGUUUUCUAUAUAUACAAUGAAUUUUAGAAACAUUAGCGUUUACGGACUGUCCAAAUUCCGUAUUGAUCAUGUAGAGUCAGAACUAGCUCGUAUGCAGGUUACUGUCGCAGUAAAAAUCGAUACUCUCGAUAUUCGCGGAUUGUACACUCUGACGUCGUGGCUUUCAAAAUCCGCCGGCAAUUUUACGGUGAAACUCACCGGCGUGAAUGUCGAGGGUAUCGCCAGACUCGAAGUUGCCACCGAUGGUAAAUUGCAGGCCCAAAAUAUCGACAUGGAUCUCACUUUUAAUAAAAUUGACCUCGACUUCACGAAUUUAGGAUUUCUAGGAUCGGUGUUCCAAGGUGUCAUCAAUUCCGUCGGCAGUUUUAUUUUUGACAGCAUAAAACCGUUUAUAUUAAAGGAAGUUAAUACGAACGUAAGAGGCGAGGUAAACAAACAGAUAUCGCAAUUACCGCAAUAUUUUCCUAAUUCGAUUUCACCGUUUGACAUGGCGGUUGCGGAAGCACGCAAAGAAGUAUCACGGAUGGGCUAUGAUCCGUAUAGACUGAAGGAUUAUACGCAAACCAUCGGUUUAUUCACGGUCACCUCGUCGCAUACUUGGAUCACCGGUCUUGCUAGUUUUUACCGCAUAGGAAAUAUAACAAUAACCAUGGAAAACGGAGUUGUGUACGCGCUCCUAGAUGUCGGUACUCAGGAGCUAGAAGGCAAGACGCACUGGGAAGUGAGCGUAAUCGGCGGCGUCCUGUCUCGCUCUGGUACUGUAUCUUUCACUGUGCAGUAUUUGCGAAUAGAAGUGAAACUUAGUCAGCCGCUAGAUACGCGAAAACGUGCCGCUCUAGAAGAGCUGGAGCUCGAAUUGGGUAACAUCCAGGCGAGAGUACACGGCGCUGGCACAUUCGACUACGUAGCUGAAGCCAGCACUAAUAUAUUACCAAAUCUCUUUAGAUAUCAAAUUAUGGAUGCGAUCGAAGGACCGCUGAAGAGACGAAUACAAGAAGAAAUAAACAAAAUAAACAUGGAGAAAUUAAUCGAUGAGAAAAUUCCGGAAAUAGAGAAGCAAGCUAAGUGGCUGAAGGGAUUAACUCCUGCGGAAGAAAUAAUCUUGGAAGAACCGGUGCGAUUUCCGCAAGAUCAAGACGAUCAAGAGCCGUUCUCCGAUAGCGAGGAAGAUCGAGGACCGUCGUAGCGACGUACAUUUCGUUACAAUGAUAGAAUAUAAAAUUGAAUUUGAAUGAUAAUUUAUUAAAAUGUAUAAUUCGAAUAAUAUAAAAAUUACGAGUUUAGACAACUUUUAUACAGUUGUCUUCAAAAAGUA